ACAGUGCACUGUGCUAAACUUCUGGCAAACUUGUACAGCCCAGAGUGUCCUGUCUUCUGAGUGCUGUGUGUCUGAGAUUCACACUCCACAAUCUGAGUGUGCGAUUGCACAACACACUCACAACCAAAGGGUCCAUCUGUGCCUCAGAUAGCAACACACAUACACAGUCAGAGUUCACUUGAGCUUCUCAUUGGCAAGCCACCAAAGGACCACUGUGAGUCCAGCUCCAUCAGAACAAGGACCAUUGUGCGUCCAGCUCCAGCAGAACUUCUUCAUCAAAAUAAGGACCACCGUGAGUCCAAUUCUACCAGAACAAGGACCACUGUGCAUCCAGCUCCAUCAGAACCAACUUCAUCAGAACAAGGACCACUGUUCGCGCAGCGCCAUCAGAACAAGGACCACUGUUAGCGCAGCGCCAUCAGAACAAGGACCACUGUGAGACCAGCUCCGUCAGGACAAGGACCACUGUGACUUUGAGAACAUACCCAAGAGAAGCAGCAAGUAACUUUCAGACCCAGGGUCCAUUGGCAGUGCCAGUCAGAAGACCCAGGGCCCCCUGUGCUGGUUGGAAGAUGUAUACCACCGGCCUGGCCCCUUUCUAUGCCGCUUCUCAUUUUAACAUAUGGUCAGCUUACUGCACUGGGGGUGGGGGCGCUGGCUUCCCCCCUCUGGAUCCCGGGAAGAAGCCGUCUUUUUGCAUUGCAGACAUCCUGCAUGUAGGGGACUCUGACAGCCCCCCUGGUUCUUCAGGACUGACAGCAGCCCAUAUGGGAGUCCUGCACCAAGCCCAGUACCAGCCAGCAGGUUCCCCUCUGAGACCUACCCCAGUGACCCCAGAUUCAUCCACUGGAUUCCACCACAGACUGUCCCCAAUGUCCCCCUACCAACCCCACCGGUCAGCCGGCCUCUGUAGCAACUCCAGCCUCAGCUCAGUUAGGAUGCAUGGAGUCUCCCAGCCUGCACCAUCCAGCAAAGAUCUCAAGUUUGGGAUUGACCGGAUCCUCUCCACCGAGUUUGACCCCAAAGUAAAGGAAGGCAACACAUUAAGAGAUCUGACAUCAUUAAUCAGUACAGGCCGCCAGCCAGGGGCCUGUGUUCAGCACAUCCAAUCUGCAGCCGGACCAUUCUUCACCUCCUUAGAACACAUUAACGAGACAUCCUCUAUUCUGGGGCAAAUUAACAGUAACCAGAGGAGCUCAGUACAACAGCAAUUUCAGGACACUUUUCCAGGCCCUUAUGCAGUUUUGACUAAGGACACCAUGCCCCAGACCUACAAAAGGAAGCGGUCCUGGUCAAGAGCUGUUUUCUCUAAUUUGCAGAGAAAAGGGCUGGAGAAACGCUUUGAGGUCCAGAAAUAUGUCACCAAACCGGACAGGAAGCAGCUGGCCGCUAUGUUAGGACUUACCGAUGCCCAGGUGAAAGUUUGGUUUCAGAAUAGACGUAUGAAAUGGAGACACUCUAAAGAAGCUCAAGCCCAGAAGGACAAAGAAAAGGAAGAGGCAGAGAAAACAGACACCCCUUGCCCAGGAGACGUGGACAUUGACAGAAGCAACAGCCCAUUCAGAUCAGAAGGGGACAGUGAAAGCAGUGACUGUGAGUCGCUAGACCUGAUGGCUAGUGACAGCGAAAGGACAGAUGUCACCACUGAACCCCAGCAAACCAGUGUCAUUAAACCCUUUCCCGUGACUGAGCUCUCCACACCACAGCCUGGGCCCUGCUCAGACCCUCCUGCUCCUCAGAGCCCCCCACUACAUUAAUCCCAAGGAGAAUGGACAAUGUCGGACUUGGGUGAUUAAUUUAUGGGAGACACUAGUUUCGGAUGCACUGUGAAGAUUUAGCUUGUCUGGGUUGGAAUGGAUAUCUGCACCUUGGUGAAAAUUCAAAGCCUUAAUUUAUACUGCAUAGUUUAGGAGUGCCUCGAGUUCUUCGGUAAAGUACCAGAGAAGUCAUUGCCCAAAUAUUGUGAGAUUGUUAAGACUUGCGGCCGACUUAAUAUCUUUCAAUUCAAAUUUUAAAGAUAAACCACUAUGGCUUGACUUCCUUAAAUUUAUUGGUUUCAGUGCAGUAACUGGACUUCUGGUUGGCCAGGCCUUCAAAGUUUAACCUUUAUCUGCUAGUCUUAAUGUUCACAGAUGUGCUCUGGAAUACCCUGUAAAUAUAGUAAGAUAUUAUCGCAGAGAGUACAUUGCAAACUGCUUUACCCUCAUAUAGCAUUUGUACCAGUAUUGUACAUGCUAUAUUUUGUUCAGUCAUUUAAUUGAAGAUAUUUUUCUCUCUUUGUGUAAAAUCAAUGAUUUCUUACAGACCACACUAGGUUAGAUGAGAGUGGCGAUUGUAGGAAGCAUGUUUCUGUAAUACGAUUCACACUCAGAGACUCUUUAAUUUUGUAUGUUGACCCUUUAAAUGUAAAACAUUACAAAGGAGGAAUGAACUCAACUCAUUUUAAACGUGUCUGGCAGAUGGUGUUAAAUGAUUAUCCAUACAGAAACAUUAUAUAAAAUACAAUAUAAAAAUGGGUAAUCUUAAACCUCUUGAAAUGACAAAAUUCAGCUUCAGACGUACGCCUAGUACUCUAAAAAUACAAACUUCAUUGCCAAGUUCCAUUAGAAGUGAUCUAGAAAGAUAUAAAGCCGGUUUUAAUAAACAGCUACAAGCUUCAGUAGCAGUUCCAUAGCAAUGUAGCCCUAAUCCUGGUAACAAUAUGCUACAGGAGGGUAAAGUGUACGGUGUCCAGUAUUUGACAAAUUAGUAUUUGCACUUAUUUAUUGAGUACAGUUGCAGUCCUAGGUAAAAUAUGUACUCUGAUCUUUUGGUUUACAAUGCUCAGAUUUCUGCACCAGCUAUAAGCAGCUGUUAGAACUACAGCUGCUCUGGACUUUAAUUCCUUGUGUCCUAUACAGGAGAUGUAACUUGUCAAGUUAAAUUCUAGAUUCUCUGGAUUGCGAGGCUGGCAUAGAAUAGGGAGAACUGGGUCCACAGUAGUUAGACGUCCCAUGGCUACCAACCACUAUAUGCAAUGGUGAUACAAAACAUUCAGGUCUAGAGACUAGGGGUUAGCACAACUGUCAGGAAAUCACAGUACGGAUCCAGAAAAAAUAAUUAUCUGGCAGCAUCAAUAUUGU